AUGCUCCAUUCGAAAUGGCCGCGCUUACGGAGUGCGGCCACCUUCUGCUGUCCCAGGGACACGCGGCUGUACUCUUCACGCAACGGCGACGGCCGCACCCUUCCAGAUAGGCCAAACUACACCGUCGCGCCACGCGGCAGAACGAGGACCAACGAUCGCCGCAACACAUGGAAUGACUGGACGCCGCGACCGAAUCCUGCGGUGCAGCAGCGGCAGCAGGCGCAGCGCAACCUGCGCAGGAAGCUGGUGGAGGGCAAGCUGUCGCCGGCGCAGCAGAAGGAGAUGGCUGCGGCGCUUGAGGGCCUGGAACCGGAGCAGUUCGCCGCCGCAGGCUUUGAGGGCCUAAAAUUCACAGAUAGCGAGAGUACCGCGGGUACCAGGCGGGCGGGUGAUGGGGGUCAGUGGUCGCUGCUGAAGAGACGUCCAGGAGGCCUCGAGCCAGAGGACGAUUUAAGGGACGAGCAAGACUUUGAAGAGGGCGAGACGACGAAUGCAAGCGCUGAAAAGUGGCCGCUACUAAAGAGGCGGGGUCGUAGCUAUGAAUACAUGGAUCCUGCGGGAAUCCCUCUAAACGAUUCGACGGACGUUGUUGCAGAACCUGCGGACGACUCUACGGAUUUGGUGGCCGCGACCCACGAGGCUCUCGCCAAGAAGAAUGGCCUCGCAGUCUCGAAAGCGUACACCAUGCUUCGAAUCGACGGUCUAAGCACCAGUGUCCACGCCUCCGAUUUUUACCGCAUCGCCGACAACGACUUGUCUAAAUGGAACCAAUCCAUUAAGCAGGUGCAGCAAGUCCGUGAUCGCACGACGCUGGAGCCCACCGGCACCUAUAACCUGACCUUUUCCAGCGCCCUGGCCGCGACCGCCUACGCCGUACGCUUCCAGCGCCUCUGCGAUCUGGCGCAGGUCCGCGCGCGCUCCCGCACCGGCCUCUGGCGGAGCGAGCUGCCCCCCGGGCUCAUCCCAGACGACGCCACGCAGGACGAUCUUGAGGCGGAGCUCGCGGGGCUCACCGUCACCCCCGGCGUGCAGCCCGUCACACUCACUCACCGCCGCGUCGCCGCCGCCCCUGUGGGCGAGAAGAUUCGGAGCCUCGUCGCCAACGACGGCCUCGGCGAGCGCCCGCCCGUCGUGCUGCUCGACGUCGCGCCAGCCGCACCGCUCGACCGCGUCCGCUCGGCCGUGAGCCAGUACGGCGGCGGCGGCGGCGACGACACCGCGGCCGAGCAGCUCCGCGCGUAUCCCCUCGCCGCCGACCUGCACGCGCAGCUGCAGCGCCUCACCGCCCAAAUCGGCGCCGUCGGGCAGGCCACGGACGGACAUGAGGAGCACGACGAGCAAUUCAACGAAGAGCAGGAUGAGGGCGUACUGGAAUGGAACAAGUGGGACAGUGCCCGCAAGCAAAACGCGGCGGCGGAAAAGAAGCGCCACGCGACGCUGCGCAAGAGAGACGGCCUCCGGCGUGUCGUGCGGCACAUGGAGGGCGCGGCGCUGCGCCGGUUCGUCAUCGCGUUUCGGGACGUGAGCGAGGCGCAGCGCUUUCAUCGCAUGUGGAACGCGCGAUGGCUGGGCGGGCACGACGUGCCGCCGCCGGCCGGGGCGCCGCGACACUUUGUGAGAACAGAGGUGGUGGACUAUUGA